AUGGGUAAUAGCUGUCUAAAGCUAAAGCGCGAGAACUAUCCAAAAAAAAUCGAAAUAAUUGCUAGGGAGAGGACCUUCUGGCUGCGCUCAGCCCCAGACUCAUUCUUAGCGCUCGAUUCAAUGAUACAUUGCUCGGCAAAAAAGUAUUGCCCCAAUUCUGAUCCUUUGAUUUAUUAUUUAAUCACGUACACAAAUAAGAGUGCAGGCUUUCACCUAAAGAUAUUAGAUGACAAGUCGUAUAGAGCUGCUUUGAGAUCUUCUAAAGGAGAAGUUCUGACUUUAAAUAUAGAGCCUCAAAGCUAUCGUAACAUGGUUUGCUUUUCUAUAAAGAAAACAGGGAUACUCAGUUUUGAUUCUCUCCUAUCAGGCAUUUUACCUAGAGUAUCAGAACUUGAAGAAAACGUAGCAUCACUACUGCAGGCUUAUGAUGCUUACUUACUUACUUAGUUACAUAGUUUUUAAGGUGUCUAGUGCCCACACCCCUUAAUGAAAAAGGGUCAAAGCGACAACUAGUGACGUCACCAAGCCAUCUUGGAAUAUGUGGUCAGCCCACACACCCAAGCCUUCUAUGAGGCUAGUCGCCAGAUAAAUCGCCGCACAUCUCACCCGGCGCGUUGCCGUCGCUCGUCCAGACUCAGCUCCUGCGCGUGUUCCGCCUAAGGGUCAUCCUCCCGUGGGGACGUGCUGAGAGGUAAAACUCCGAAUCUUGAGUGCACUGAGGAGUCGUGCCUUUGGUUAUCCCCAAAGUUAAACGACUAUUGCUGUGCAGAAGUUCUCGAGAGAAAACCCAACCCCAUAAAUAAAAUUCCAUGAGGGAGAGAAAAUUGGCAGAGCCAAUUUCUCUCGAACCGAAUGCCAUUUUAUUUAUGCAGGCUUAUGAUGCAAUUUUGAAAUUUUCGCGAUGCUUCUCUAUGAAGUGUAGCUGUCCAUCUUUUCAAAUGGCAGUAACUAGUCUUUUACUGGCUAUUUUAAGUGACUGCAAAAAUAAAGGCAGCAUUUAUAGCUUUUUACCUCGAUUUCCUUUCAUUGAAUUCAAUACUGAUAUUUUAGGCUCUGAAGGGAAAGAAGCUGCAAAAUACUGGACGGAUUUAGUUUUUUAUUUAGAAAAAGUUCUUCCUAUUAUUAACGAGGUUUGUGGAGUAUUUCAAAGAAUGCAUCAAAUUAUUCAAUUCGAAGUUGAUCAUUUUGAGAAAAGCAAAGAAAUUGACUUGAAUGUUUUGCUAGAAAAUUCCAAAAGCAUGGCACACUGCAAACUUAUAGGAGCUCCAUUGGAGGCAAAAAUUAAAAAUAUUUAUAAAAGCAUAGAAGAAGCAGCUUCAAGUCUUAGCAAGCCCCAAAAUCAAAAGUUUCUUAAAGAAGCGCAUGAAAUGAUAAAACUUUCAAGAACAUCUGAUGCAGAUGCUGCAAUAGGACUAUUCGGGCUAAAAAGUAAUCUAAGAACAAGUGUAUAA